CUAAAGCCAAGCCGUCGGCAAAUCAGAAUGGAUGCGUUUGUAUGUCAGCUUGUUUAGGAAAGUGAUGCUAAUCUGCUAAAUACGGGAGAGACAUGGCUAUUCCCACUUUAGCUACCCCAGAUUCACUAAUUACCCCAUGCCAGCCCAUGUCUUAGGUUCUCAGCCUAUGAUGUCCCAGCGUCUCAAUAAUGCUGGAUUUCCUCCCCACGUCAUAAUAGCCCCCUUUUAGGGAAUCGGCGUCGAAUAUCAUCGCGCAUCCCCGCAAUCCGGGGUCAUGUCGACCAACGCAGGCGCAAGGGAAGAAAGAUGAGCGCGCGGCUCUGAGGAGAAUAUUCUUCCUAUAUUUUUGCUGAUUUAUUCUUGUACUCAUAUUAGGCGUUCGCAAUUCGCUUUUAAUAGGUAGCCUGUUAUUCGCUAGUACUUCAAUUGGUUUAGACCAGCCAUUUAUCAACUACCUAACAAACACGCGACGAGACAAGCUUUCCGCCGUCAUGCGCUUCUCCGUCACGGCCGUCACAGCGGCACUCCUGUUCGCAUCAUCAGGUCCCCUGGCACUUGUCAGCGCCAGUGCCGACGCCGAGCCUAAGCCCGAUACGACGCCCGACUCAACGCCGACGAAGACAACACAACAACAAAUCAAGCCACGCGAAACGACGCCGAAUCUCCUCUCCGCACUAUACCAGAUAGCGACUGAAUUCGGCCUGCGCGCGUGCAUACCCCAGGCCCUACCCCUCGUCACCACACUGCCUAAGAUUCCGCCGGGACUCCUGGUGGGAGGCGCCGUGUCGCAGGCGUUGACGCAGAGCACGCGGGAAUUGGAGGAUGUGUGCGAAUUCUCUGUUACAGGGUCUGUGGGGGAUACCUUCACGAGCUUUCUGCCGACCUGGUAUGAGUGGUAUAAUAAGUACUCGGAUCGUAUCCAGAGCGUGGUGACGAGGUGUCCGAAGGCGGCGAAGCUCGUGAGUACGGUCGAGGCAUAUCAGACGUGUCCGCAGGUUUUGGCGCAGAUUACGGCGGCGGAUACUAGCACGGCUACUACUGCUGGUGAUGGUGGUAAUGGUGAAUUAUCGGAGACGGCAACGGAGACGGAGACAACGGGCGCGGCGCAUGAGACCGGGAUUCUGGGGGCUGCGGCUGGUGUUGCGGCGGGAUUGUUGGGAAUUGCUGCUGUGCUGUGAGGUAAGUGGUGUCGGUGUACAUGUGUAUAUACGAGAAAUUGACGCUCUGUAGGAUAAUGAUUAUUUGAUGGCUUCAAAAAGUCGCAGCUUCUAUUUGAUGUAUAUAACCUAAUUUGAAGUUUUGGUGCGAAAGCCCUGACUAUAAUGGAGGCAUGGGUACUAAAAUUAAUGAGACGGUGAAACCAGGAAAGCGUAUUUUACACCCGUUCUUCCGUACCACCACACCCCGCCCAGCCUGCAACUUUUAUACUUCCAGACAGAGCUAUUCGUGUGUACGUAUUGUGUAUAUAUUGAGAAGAUCUACGUAUUUAGUUCAUAGACAGCAUGUCUACUCCGGAAUUUACUGUAUGAUGCUGCUAAAAUUAGUGCAUGUGUGAUGUAUACGUGGGUUACUAAAAUUUCCCAGAAGGCUUAUUCACGAACGCGGGCGUCGUGAAGAUAAAUAAAACUAUGCUGCCCAUGUCACUUCUCUCAACCCUCCUGAUCAGUGAAUACUCCGUAUUCAAGCUAAGUAAUCGACAGUCCGGGAUAUCUAUACCCGGCUGGAGGUUACUUUUAGAAUCCGAAUAAGGGAACUUCUCCUAAGUUUGUGUAUCUUCAAGCCAUGGUCCAGUAUCCUCACUCAGCCGAAUCGAGCCGCAUACCCCGCACACGGCAGUUACAUGGUUCGUCCGUAGCCAAGCUGCUUGUAUGCAUAUGACUUGUGGUAUA